AUGAAAUUUAAAUUUACUGCACACGAUAUUUGAACGUAAAUGAGUGACCAAGCACACUGCUUUUCGUGCUGUUUUGGAUUAAACUCACGAUGGGUGGCGAUUACUACGAGACGCUGGACAUAAACAGAGGUGCAACAGACGCAGAUAUCAAAAAAGCGUAUCGACGUCUCGCGCUGAAGUUUCAUCCGAGCAGAAACACAGAAGCUGGAAGCACCGAGAGGUUCAAUCAGCUCGGUGAAGCUUACGAGGUUCUCAGCGACCCUCAAAAAAGGGCAACCUAUGAUAAGUUUGGUGAGGAGGGUCUGAAAGAUGGUAUUCCCCUUGAUUUUGCAAAAAGCGGUGCUUGGUCAUCUGGAUAUGUGUAUCACGGUAACCCAUACAAAACCUUCAGAAAGUUUUUUGGAGGUGACAACCCAUUUGCAGACUUCUACACAAGUGAGGCACCACUUCAGUUUGGUGGGCUACAACCAGAAGUACAGAAGAGACAAGAUUCGCCAAUAGAAAGGGACCUUCAUUUGUCCUUGGAUGAUAUCUUCCAUGGAUGCACAAAAAAGAUCAGCAUAUCUCUAAGGGUUAUGAAUGAGGACGGCUAUACUUCCAGCAUCCGAGACAAGAUACUGACUAUAGAUAUUAAACCUGGAUGGAAUGAAGGCACCAGAAUAACUUUCCCUAAAGAAGGAGAUCAGGGCUCAAACAACAUCCCGGCAGAUAUUGUGUUCAUAAUGCGACAAAAGCCUCAUCCUUAUUUCACAAGAGAUCAUAACAACCUGAUCUACAAAGCCAAGAUUUCUCUGAAGAUGGCCUUGACUGGGUUCUCUGUGGAUGUAAAGACACUAGAUGGCAGGCUGCUCAGUAUUCCCAUCAAUGACAUUGUGCACCCAACAUACACCAAAGUGGUGACCGGAGAGGGAAUGCCGCAUUCCCAGGAUCCUUCCCACAGAGGAAACCUCAUCAUUACUUUUGACAUUCAGUUCCCUGAUAAGCUGGAUGUAGAGAGGAGGCAUCUCAUCAAACAAGCUCUAUCAUUUCAGUAAAUCUGUUGCUUUUCUAUGAUUACACAAUUUACAUAGCAACAGUGUGCAUUGUUUGAUUUAUUUAAUUUGUUUUCCACCACUAAAACUCAUUUAAAAACUGUAUUUUGUGGAUUCACUCAUGCAUGAAUGAGCUAAUAUGAAAGAGGCUGUUAAAUGUGUGCAGCUUCCAAAGGCAUUAAAUGCAUU